AUGGGCUGUAGACAUUCGUCCUCCUCUCCAAAUUCACCAAAGAAAGUCGUGAAAAAUUCCAAUCCAAUUGCUCUGAAAAAGAAAAUUUUCCUAUCUCAUUCACAAAGACUUCAUCAUCCAAAAUCCAACGGUUGGAAAACAUCAUCUUUUCUAAAAACAUUCAAUCUCGAACAAAUACUCGAUGGUCAGGAGGAAAAUCUAGUCAAAAGAUUGGAAUUUACUUCAACUUGCCUUCUCUAUGAUGUCUCUUCAACACAUAUACUUCUAUUCGAUAAUAAUCAACUUCAUCUGAUUGAUAUGAAUACAACGAACACGAAAUCCAUCCUAGUAUCAAUGGAUAUUCAAGAGAUCGUUUGGUCAACACACUUAAAUCGAUUUUUGGUUCUGACAACAAAUCAAUUAUAUCAAACGGAACUUGAUCAAAUGCAAUUAAAACCGGUUCAACAAAUUCAGUUCAUUCAAGAAGGUCAACGUAAAUCGUUUAUGGCAGUGAAUGGGACUGAUUUAAUCAUCAAUCGUUCAUUUGGAUCGAAUAUUUGUCGUUAUUCUCUGAAAACUUACGAAUUUCUUCAAUCGCUAUGUGUAUAUAAAGGCCAGAAAAACAUCUGUGUAACUACAAUUCGACUAAAUUCAAAUAAAAUCUUAGCUCUUGCUAUAUCAAUUCAAGCUAAGCAAAUGAUUGAUUUAGUACAACUGUCAACUGAACAAAUUCUUCAUCGUAUUCAACUAGAUGCCAACGAAAAUCUUUCCUAUCCUGUUGAUUUACAUCUUCAUGGUUAUUGGUUUGCAAAGACGUCGAUACCAAAUGUCGACAUCGGCCAUUGUUUAAUCACACCGGAUGGACAAAUUCUUCGUUUACUACUUUUUUCUCAUCAAGACAACUUUAUUCGAUCAUUGCGAAUAAACAGCGAGAGAAAAUGGUUAGUAGUCGGUCGACAAUAUGCAUUGGAACUUUAUUCUUUACAACAUUAG